AUGAAAAAAGUGAGAAAAUGGAUAGAUCCACACCACCAAUUAUGUAUAGAGCAUGGCAUACAAUUAGCCGUAAUUAAAGUAUUAUACAAUAAAACUGAUUUACACGAUGCUGAUAAAUUACGUGACGAAAAUAUCGAUGAAGAUAGUGAGCCCGACAAAGGUAAUGAAUCUGGUUCCGAAUAUUCCGAGGAAAAUGAAAAUUUAAAUGACAAUUUGGCAAUUGAAUACGAAGCUGGUGGAACCAUCGAUCAAGCUCUACCAGUGCCAACUUUCUUAUCAAAUAUUGAAUUAAAUGGUUUAAUUACAAAAAUUCGGAAAGUCGUUAAAAUUUUUAGCAAAUCCCCGACUAAAAAUGAUAAGAUUCUACAAAAACAUGUAAAAGAAGAAUUUAAUAAGGAAUAUUCUUUAAUACUUGACUGCAAAACCCGAGGCAAAACCAGAUGGAACAGUUCGUUAGCAAUGCUGGAAAGAUUUGAAAUGUUAAGAAAUUGCAUCAGAAAGAGCUUAAUAGACAUUAAAUCAGCAAUAAACUUCACAGAAGAUGAACUUGAGUUACUAUCUAGUACAAUUUUAGCAUUGCAGUAG